AUGGUUGAGGUGAGAAAGUAUCAUCUGUUCCCAACAGACCUCAUCCCGAAUUCGCCGAGACCCCUGCUACACUUCAAGAAUGUCUUAGCAAGGCCCAACGACUCUCAUUAUGAUCCGGCCGAGGUCUGGGACAUGUUUUCUCGGAAUAGAUGGAAUGUUCAGUGGAUCUUCCGAUACGGGCCGACACAGCUAUCACACUAUCACUCCAGAGCGCAUGAGUGCAUGGCCGUUCUAUCGGGAACUGCACGAAUCCGGUUUGGCGUUGCCGAUACCUCGGAAGAUCUAGACCAGAAUACAUAUGGGUCUUUCUGUGAAGAAGGUGGUAUUGAAGUGGAUGGCGAGGCAGGCGACGUGUUCAUAAUUCCUGCAGGUGUGGCGCAUAAAACAUUCAACACUCAGCCAGAAGCUGAGUUCACACUCUUGACGCCGGGGACGGGGCAUGGCAUCGAAGCUGACGAUCCGAAGAAAGCAUUGGCUGAGAUCAAGUUGUGUGGCUAUACCACGAUGGGAGCCUAUAAUGGAGGCGAAUGGGAUUUUGUGAAAAGCGGAGGGGGACUAUGA